AUGCAUUACCUUACUCUUUGCUUCGUCGGUUUCGCCCUGAGUCUAAUAACCAACACCGGAGCAGAUUCAACAUCGAAUUGCUCUUGUGGUUAUUAUGAUCCAGCGACAGAGAACCUAUUUACCGACUUCUUGAUUGUUUACUUCAACGAAACGACCACAUUCCCGUCGGAGGUAUUCCAGAGCCAAGAAUAUGAAAACAAGUACGAGAAGAGCUGGAAUGCACAGUACCGUUCAGGUGCCGAUCCGUCAAAUGUUCAGAUCACAAACUCGACAUCACUGGAAUUCACGAUAAAUCCACCAACCUCUGAACAUCUCGUCAAAGGUAGCGCGAUCAGAACUUUAAGAUCUGAUAUUCAAUACGGUUCUUUCAGAUCAACCAUUCGUCCAGCUCAAGCUUGGACUGGAGGUACCGGCAUGUCAAUGCUUCUUAAGUACAACGAGACACAAAAUAUCCAGAUCAAUAGUUUGAACGCUCAAAAGCCUACAGAUGCGUGGAUCAAUACUUUGCUUGCAGACGAGUUCCCAAAUCGGGUAAACGGGCUCAAUUUCAGUACAUUGGCCAACAAUGUCACCUACAGUCCAGAAAUUAAUCCUUGGGAUUUCACUGAAGUUCGCAUGGAUUGGACCAAAGAUAAAGUGCAAUUCUAUAUCGGGAAUGUUCUAGCUCGCUCAGUAUCAACCAAGAAUAUAAGCAGCAAAAGGUUUCCAAUCACUCCGUCGCCACUAUUGUUCAAGCUCUGGUCGAACGGUGAUUCAUAUUUCACGGCUGGACCACCCACAAGAAACACCACAGCCAACCUCGGAUGGACCCGAUCAUUUUUUAAUUCGUCAAUCAUGACAACAGAGCAGCACAAAGAAUUCGAUACGAGAUGUGCUGUUACAGAUGCAUGCUUGAUGGAUGAUACUUCAUUACGUGGUUAUACUGCCUUCGGGGUAGAUUCUAUUCCAAAAUGGAAGGCCAUACACCAUGAAAGUGGCGUCCGAACUUUUGCUUACAUUUGCCUCUCAUGUUCAGUGGCUCUGACUGUACUGUUACUUUGCAACGUCACUUUCCAAAGAUGGCCUACGAAGGACUCCAAGACUCCCAAAGAACCAAAAGUACAUAGCUGUUACCGUCUUCCACCCCAAAUUUCCAAUCCUAAACUGCUCUCGUCAUCGGAUACAACACCAACAAUGUCAACGAGAGCCUCAUCUAUGGAUCUCAAAAAUCCGAAAGAUGACCUCGAGAUAACAAAGGUUGGCUUCACGCUCGGAUCUUCAACACUUACACUCAAAGACACGGCCAAUCAAGAAGCCGCACGUAUGUCAAACAUUAGUCCAUUCGCAGCAUCUCGGCAACAUUCUACCUCAAACAUGAGUGGGUUUACUUUGAACGAUCCUAUAUCGCCGUCAGCUUCACAGAAUAGACUCUACAGUUUCAAUGAUGCCCAGAAUGACUCGAUGGUUGUAACACCCCAAAGUUCAUUGUUCUUUGGUAAGGAUGGUCGUCCAAAUUUGGACGAUGUUACUCCGUAUAAUUCGUUCAUUUACAGUACAAAUCCAACAGAGACAUCAGAAAAGAAGGACUCCUCAAUGCCGGAUAUCACCAAAGGCAAUGAAACUGAGAAAUCUAGACCAGCACCUCCUAAUCACGCUGUUUCAGAGGCUCCGGCCCCAAUUGCUUUCCCAGCUGCACCUAUCAACGCUCGGACUGCACCCACCAAGCGAAUUGACUAUUUAGCAGGGCUUAUAUCGAUCGCAACCCUUUUGGUGACUCUGAUUCACUUCAUAUUCACCUUUUCGCCAGCAAUGGGUAUGGUUGGUGCCCUCGAGCACUACAUCUAUGAGACCAUCAUUCGAAAGACCGUUGGAUCAUAUCUUCUCAAUCAAAUUCUUCUUGGACUUUUCUUCAUUACAUCCACUCGCUUCCUUAUCAGUCGUUAUCUACGUACUGGUGAUCUUGGAAGUAUAGCCGAGAAGACGACGGGAAGAACGUUCCGUGUCAUGAUUCCGAUUGCGGCUUGUGCUAUGCUUGAGUACUUUUUGAUCGAUGUGGGAGCUCUCACGUAUCUAGAAUACCUCCCCAGUAUCAGUUGGACAACAUGGCCUUAUGCAGUGGCAUACACAGAUUUUGCUCAUUACAUCUCUGAAAUUCUUGAGUUGGUGUACUUGCUUCCUAAUGCAGCCCCAUUGAUCACCUACAACUACUGUACGGGUGUUUUAUGGACCAUCCCUGUUCAAAUUGAAGGUUCUUGGAUCACACUUCUGGGAUGUAUCGUGGUUAGAGAGAUUAAAACGCCUUGGAAGCGCAUGUGCUACUAUGCAUUCUGCAUUAUUAACCAUUGGUAUGCUCAAAGUUGGGGCACAUUUUUCUGGUUUGGAGUUCUUUACACCGAUCUAGACGUCACCUUCAAGUACAAGAAGUGGUUCAAAGACCACGCCUUUGUCCUGUGGACCGGAAUCGUUAUUGGUUUCAUUCUAGCCAUUGCUGCACUAUCCAACGAUCUGAUCACUGCAUGGACGGGUUUCUCCUUGCCUAUCGUGGAACGAGGUAUUCAUCCGGAUCCCGAGAGCGGUCUUCCGAUCGCCCAGACAGCGAACGCAGGAUAUCCAGAGUAUUUCAAUCCUCGUUUCAAUGGAAUCAUAUUCGCCGUCGGUCUUCAAUUCGUCAUCGAAAAUUGUUACUUCGUUCAAUGUUUCUUGUCCAUGAAACUUUGGUUGAUGCUCUUUCCCCAUAUUUUCACCAUCUAUCUUAUCCAUGGUUUGAUUUGGUGGUCGCUUGGUAGCACAGUAUGUGUACAAUUGGCUGCCAAUACCUCCCUUCCAUAUUGGUCUAUUGCCUUGAUUACGGCGAUAGUUUGCUACGGAACUUUGUUUGCAUCACUACCCGUUCUUACACCAGUGGUGGAGACCUUGGGAAAGAAUGUUACUGGUAAUAUUUGGAGAAUGGCACAUCUAAAGCCGGCUCCCAGAAGAAAGACCUUGUUCCCUUUUGCGGACAGGCUUUUCUUAGACUAUGAAGAAAAGACGGGAGAGAUUGUGGAUGAACAAAAGGAUGUGGAAAAAAAGGCAGGAAUAAAUGUGCAUGAGGAAGAAUUGUAA